UUUUAAAAUACAAAAUGGCGAUCUAAGCGAAAAACUGUAAACAAAUGUCUACAAUAUUUAAAAAACAAACCACUAAAGUGAAUGUUGUAGCCCUAGCCACAGAACCAUAUGUUUUGUAAAAAUGCUCAAAAGUCAAACUUUGGGAAUGAGACGUUGAAACGUAAUGUGUUACAGACAACCUGACAUACGAAAAGGAACAAAUAAGAAGUAAAAUUCAUUAUGGAAGCUCCACAACUGGUGGGUGAACCUAUCUGUAGCAUUGAUUCCUUUAAGGAUGAUUGCCUGAUUACUGGUGUGAUCCAGGAAGGGCUGUUGUUGACAGAGGAUGUAAUGCUGAAGGCAUUGUCUCUCAAUGAUAUGCCUGAGGAGAUCCUGGAACACAUUUUGUGGUUUCUCUCCCCAUAUAAAGAUUUGGAUGCAGCAAAACUUGUCUCAAAACAGUGGUACAGAAUCAUUAAAUCUCUAGUGGCUCAAUGUAAAAGGAGAUUUCAUCAGAAUUUAGCCAACUGUGAAGUAAAGUGGAGUCUUCUGACUAAUGAUACCAUUUGCAAAGCCAGUUCAGAAAAAAAGUGCUCCAACAUCAGCAUAAGUGACAGACACUCUCACAGUGCAACCUAUUACAAUGGUUCUAUGUACAUUUUUGGUGGUUGCACUUCUACAAAUACUACUUUCAACGAUCUUUGGAGGUUUGAUCUUGGGACUCGACAAUGGGUUCGUCCUGUUGCCAUGGGUACAUAUCCAUCUCCGAAAGCUUGUGCUACUAUGGUGGUCUAUAAUGGUAACUUAGUCUUAUUUGGAGGUUGGAGUCAUCCAAUACCUUACCCUAAUCCACACCAGUCUGCACACUACUUCUCAGAGCUACACUCCUACAGUCCUGUCACCAAUCGCUGGACACACAUUUUGUCCAUUGGUCAAGAACCUGAAGCCCUGGGAGGCCACUCAGCAUCUGUUGCUGGUCAUUUGAUGGUUGUGUUUGGUGGUUCUCCCAGAACUGGAAUGGGAUCUAACAAUGUUUGGGUGUUUAAUUUCCUGAAAUGUUCAUGGAAGCUGCAAGCAGUCACACACGAUGUUAGGCCCGACCCUAGAUAUGGACAGUAUCAGACCACCUUAGAUGAGAAUCACAUUUUAAUAAUGGGCGGAUCAGUUGGACCCAGCAGGGUUUACAAUGAUAUGUGGCUUCUUACCCUACAUCCCACUGAACCUUGGACUUGGUCAAAAAUAACCAUCCAACACCCAGAACUUAUGGCUCCACAGUCAUGGUGUCAUGCAGCUUGUAGAGUGAAAGAUGUGAUUGUAGUGGUGGCCAAGUCAAACAAACUGCGUCAGACACGAAACAUCAAGCCCAAAACUAUACGCACCUGUGCUUUGGGGGCAGCUGCUAGUGGUGAAAAUUGCCCGCAAAUGUCGUCAAAUCACUUAUCUAAUCAGAACGAUUCUAACUCUUCACCUCAGCCACCAAACAAGGCAAACAACUCUGAUGAACAAAAGCCUCUCUGUAGCAGUAACAGAUCAAACAAUGAAGAUUGUCAAGAUGAUAAAGCCAAUAGUUCACCCAACAAGAGCUUACUUGCCCUACAGCAAAAGUUACACAGAGAGUGUGUGAAUCUAGCAGACCCAGAUAACCACCACCACAACCCGCACGGGUCAGACGAAGCUGAGGGUUACUUUCACAGACUUAACAAUCGUUGGGGCAACGAGGCCAGUCCUGACCCAAAUUAUUUUCACCAACAGCAGUCUGAAAACAGCCCACACAACUACAACCAGCCAGAACAAGGAACAUUUCAGAGAAGAAAUCAAAAUGUGCCUGCGAAUGUUCGAGGCAGGGGAGCUGGGUUUAUGCCAUCUAUCCGUCCAAAUGCAAUGUGCAAUAGACAAAAGCAGCUCGAGGCCCUGCAGCGACAAGAGGAAAUUCUCAGGUCCAAGUCUCGUGCUCUUUCCGCAGCAAGAAAUAAAAAACCAGUGGAUGUCAACCAGGAUGUAGAUCUGGAAGAAAAUGUGCCGGACAUAAUACCAACCAAAAACAAAAUGGACGUCCAUGUGGUCAAUAUAAGUGGUGUGUUGACAGAUGAGGUGGCGGUGUGCCGGCCACUAAGUGAACUGCAGCCGCCUGGAGCGCCAACAGAAACAAUUUGUUGCAGCUUGCUGGAGGGUAGAGGUGAGCUGAUACUCUUCGGUGGCGCCAUCAGGGAUGUGAAAGCUUCUGAUGGCACCAACACAGCCAUUAACAAACUGUAUGUGUUACAGCCCAGGUGAAAACAGAGUUUUUAAAUAUUUGUACAAAAUAAAAAUAUUUUA